ACGCGUUGUUGGUAUUUCAGUAAAUGAGAAACUGUCUAUCUUUAGUUCAACUGCAUAACUUUUGAGGUAUAAAGAUGGAAGAUCAGAACUAUGGUGAGAUGUAUGGGGGAGAGGAAUACAUGGGGGUGAUGGCAGGUGAUGACUUUGACGAUAAUGGUAUAAUUGACUGUGAUGACGGAGAUGAUGACGAUGGAAUGCUGGACCUGGGAUCAGAGGAAGAAGAAUCAGUAAUAGAAGAGCCGACUGUGUCUGUGCCCCAGGUAGACACAAUAUCUAAACAAGAACAGCUUCGCAUGAUUCAUCUGAGGAGUCAUCUUAAUCAGCUUACAGAAACAGUGAAGCACCAUCGAUAUCUCACAGAGAAAACCAGAGAGGAGCAGAAGCAAUGUCGUAAUAAGAUUGAGACUUUGGAGUCGGAGAGAAAUCAAGUAUUCACAGAGAUACAGAGUGCUGAGUCUGACAACAAUACAUCUGCUUUGUAUCGCCUGAGGACUCAACAUGAGAAAAUCUGUACUGAGAUUGAAAAUGAACAGAAGCUUGAAACCCUGAUUGCAGAGCGUCUAGAGAAGGAAGAGUAUGAGUUGGCAAAGGUUGACGUGGAAAGAGGCAAGUUUUUGCUCCAAGAGGAUGAACUUAUUAAACGUGAACAACAGUUGGCCACAGAGAAAACUGAUAUGGCUUUGGCUCGUCUUCGCAAGGAAGAAAUGAAAGCCAGAAAAGGGGAGGAGAUUCUUCGUAAACGGGAAAGGAACUAUGUGGAAGCAAUAAAGGCACAGCAGAAACAGCAACAGGUUUUGAUAGAAAAUGCCCAGAAAAGUCAUGAGAAACACAGUAAAUACCUAAAUGAAACAGUGGCGAAACACAAAAUGCGUCAAGAGGAAGAAAAUAUACGCUAUAAAGAGAACAUGCAGAAAAAAAUGGACAUGUUGCUGAAACUGAAAGGCGAUAUUACAGCAAACAGGGAAAACCUGAAGGCCCUCCAUGCCAGAGAUAAAGCACUGGAAAAAGAAGAGAAACAGAAAGAAGAAUUAGAAAGACGUAGAAUCCUUUCAGACGGCGGAAACCCAGACGAGGUUAUGCUGAUUCGUAAACGUAUCCAGGACUUUGAGCGUGCUAAAACGGACUUCCAGAUGGAUCAGAAAUCCAAGCAGGCUGCCAUUAUGGAUAAGGUUCUAUUAGAGGAAGAUCGCAUGAGGAAGAGAAAGAAACAGCUUCCUAAUCUAUGGGUCGAUCCUAAGAAAGAAAAAGCAAAGAUUGUGGCACCAAUGAAGAAGAAACCUCUGAGGGUUUUUAAGGAGAUGGAUGGAACGUCAUUGUUUGACGAGACCGAGGCUGCAGGUGUGAGAUUCGAUAUGGCUGAUAUUGAGAAAAUGGCAGAGGAUGCUGCUGACAGGGAGGUGGACGCCUUGACCAAAGAUUCUGAGGUGGAGAAGCCAACUCCACUGCCAGAUUCUAGUGACUCAAGUGAUGCAGAGAGCGAUGAGGAGAUGAAGUUUGAUUUGGCUGAACCAGAGUUUGAGGGUCUUUGGGAUCAACAUAAGCCAUACAAGGUUCCUAAGGACUCGGAGUCAACACUGAAGUUACCAGGGGCAACCAAGAUGGACAGAGAGAUAAUGACCAAGGUUCUGGAUAAACAUCGGUCUGGAAUCAUCCUUAAGCAGGUGGCCGCAGGACGUGAGUUCCAGGGAUGUCCAUUUUACAGCAAGCCAGAUGUCAUCCAUUUCAAGGACUUUGUUGUUGGACACACAUAUAAGAAGAGAGUUACCCUGACAAAUGUGUCAUAUACUGUCAACUACUGUAGGUACAUCAACAUCACAGAGCGCCUCAAGGACUUCAUCGAGAUUGUGUUUGACCCUCCAGGUCAGAUGUCUGCUGGUCUUACAUGUGAGAUGCUAGUUACCUUCAAACCUAUGAUCAAUGAGGAUUUAGUGGGUGAAGUGAACUUCCUGUCACAGACUGGCCCAUUCUCUAUUCCACUACACUGUAGCACAAAGAAAUGUGAUCUGUCGGUGGACACUAGUGUGAUUGAGUUUGGAACCACAGUCAUUGGUGAAACUUUGAAACGCACCUUUACAUUGACCAACAAGGGUGCCCUGGGAACAAAAUUCGAGUUUUUCAAGGUCACAGGGUCAAAGCAGAGGUCAGAGAGUGCAGCAGAAACAUCUCUAGGAAGGCUGACAACAGCUGACACUACCCAGGCUAAUAGUCCCGAUUCUGCCUCAGUCAUGGUCAAGAAAGAUAACAAGGAACAGCCACCUGCCAAGAAAGCCUUAGACGAUCUGGACAAAGCAAGCCAAGAUGUAGGAGGUGGCUCUGAGGAGGGACACCAGGUGGAGGGAAUGAGUGCUGUAGAGGGCGAACAGCCUGCAGAGGGGGAGGAAAAUGUUAUUGCGGAAUCCCCGGAGUUGGUGGUCAGUGACAAUGAGGAUUACGGGGCCUUGGAUGGAAUGAAGGUUGGUAUGUUGGCUGUAGGAGAACUGGAGCCGUUCUCUUCUGUCAAACUUGAGAUCAUCUGGCAGCCAACCAUACCAGGAAAGGUUGAUACUGAGUUCCUCAUCAGCUUCUCCGAUCCUCUCUCAGAAAGUAUCUCGGUCCAAGCUCUGGCCAAUGCCAUUGACGUGCCUGUAUGGGUGGAGAGACAGACUAUUGACCUACGUAUCUGUAUGUACGAUCGUCUGUACCAGGACACAGUCAUUGUCAACAACAGGGCAACAACAGCUCUGCGUUUAAAGUUUGAGGUGUGUAAGGAGUUGAGAAAUCACCUUGAACUCCUUCCUAAAACUGGCUACAUACAGGCCCAGUCCCAGUUCUCUGCUCAGCUCAAGUUCCUUCCCAGACAAAGUCUCUUUGAGGAAGCUGGAAAGUAUUUUGACAAGGAGACAGGUGUUUUGGAAGCCCCAAUGACCAUCCGAGUGGCAGAUCAGACUGCCCCUGUGCCAUUCACUGUACAAGCUGUAGUGACCACCUCCGACAUGGAGUUUGACACGACUAGUAUUGACUUCGGAUGCUGUACUAUCUAUGAGUCUGUAAAGACAACCAUCAAACUCACCAACAAGUCUAUUCUCCCACAGGAGUACGGCUUUGUAGGACUUCCUGAUUAUUUGGAAGUACAGCCUGAUGAUGGAUUUGGAACACUGUUGCCAUUGGAGACCAUUGAUCUCGAGGUCAUAUUUAGUCCAAAGAAAGCACGGGAUUAUAAAUUUGAACUGAACUGCAAGUCCCUGAUUAACAGGGAGUUUAAGAUCCAGUGUAAGGGUGUCGGGGUACAUCCGCCUUUAGAGCUGAGUCACCAGGUUGUACACUUUGCUGCGACAGCUCUCUACGAUGUGUCUACAGCCUCACUCCACGUGGUCAACUCACACACCAGCACUAAUGAGUUUACUCAUCCUGUGCCCAGGAUUGGCAAAGGUGACAUUGCUCCUGUUGGCCCUACAUCGUUUGAAUUUGUUGUCCCUGAGGGAGCCCCGCUCACUAUUUCACCAUCAGUCGGAACCAUAGAACCUGGAAAGAAAUGUCGCGUUCAGAUUCGUUUCACUCCAACACUGCCGGAGAACAGUAUUAAGAAGGAGGCUGUUCGAAUGGGCACCAAAAUGUUGGAACUUAAAGCAGAGCGAGAUUAUCAGGAACAAGUAAGGAAGGAAAAAGAGGAACAAGAACAGGCUCAGGCUAGUUCUAAGAAUGCCAAACCUGGUGCCAAGGAUAAAGGUGGGGCCAAAGGGGCAGCAAAGGGCAAAUCAUCACCUGUCGCCCCCAAUCUGACCGUAGCAGGGCCUCGCCCAAUCACACCGCCCACGAUGGAGUCCAUCACUCGAGCGACUCCAGCAUACACUGCGGCUCAGGGGUCCUUGUUGAGACAGUUUCGUGGAAGUUUCCGUUCCUAUACAAUACCCUGCUACGUGGCCUCUGGGGAGUGCUCCAACCCAGGGGAACUCCCUUACAGUAUUCACAACACUCUGUACCUAGAAGUCCACUGUCCAAUCGUGAAACCCACCCUGGUGGUAAUAUCUGAUAAUGGCAACACGUGUCUGGAUUUUGGGGAAGUUUCUCUUGGCCAAAACAUCACCAAAACAAUUACUAUACAGAAUAUCUCCAACAAACACGUGGAACUGCGUUCAUCCAUCCCAGAUACGUCGGGGCCAUUCCUCAUGUUGAAUGCUCUGAGAUUGUUGCCACCAGAGGGCACCCACACCUUACUGAUGUCAUUCACUCCGACAGCUGGCCGUGUGUUCCAAGAAGUGUUUAAAAUCUACACUGGGAUAUCGGUACUGCAUGUGACUCUGGCUGGUAAGGGAGUUAACCCUGUUGUGGACCUAAGUAUGCCAAUGGAAAAUGGUGUUUUCAAUAUGGGAUCCGUUCUUGUUUCGGAGUAUGUGGAAAAAACAUUCAAGAUGCAGAACUCCUCAUCGUUAUCCAUAGACUACUGUAUGAAGCUGGAGAGUCUUUCCCUGUUACGUCAUACAAAAGGCCAGGAACUGCCAGAAUUUGUUAAACGGGAUAAAAAAGCAAAAUCACAAGUUGGAACUCAGAACAACAGUGGUCAAAAUGUGUUUGACCUGGUGCCUUCUGAGGGAACAAUACCACCUGGGGGUACAACAGAGGUCACUGUGACCUUUGCCCCAGACCAUGCAAGUGACCACUUUUCUGAUGGCAUCAAAAUUGAACUCUUUGGAAAAGAGGAGUCGCACAGCUUUAAAAUUGUUGGAAUGGCCAAACCAAGGAUUAUGUUUGUCCAGAGUCCAGACAAUAGGUUUCCUAACGUUGAAUCUUUGGCUGAUGUGAUUUCAGAUGGAACAGAUGAAGAAGAGGGUCGACAAAGUAUAGAACCAGUGCUGCUAACACUACAGAGUAUUGCCAAAGAAAACGAGUAUGUACCAGCAUCCCGUGAUCUUCAGAUUGGCUGUGUUCGAACUAUGGCAGUUAGUCAGAAAAAGGAAGGCAGAAAGGAUGCACGAGGCUCCAAGAACGGUGAAUUCCAGUUUGAUAAUGUACAGCCCAUUAUUGCUAAAGGCUUUGGCAUAGAGCCACAGAAGGGUAUGGUGGAAGCUGGUAUUUUAAAACCUGUCACAUUCACUUGGACACCUCCUCCUGGUCAUGAUCCCAACCAGAUUGUAGAUGGGACUGUCACUCUGACACUGAAAGGAGAUGUCACAGAACAACUCAAAGUGAUGCUCCGAGCAAUGGUUGUGUCAGAAUAGUCAUAAACUUUAUACCUCCUACCUAUCUGUGAUAAUUUAUAUUAUUUCAAUACUGUUAAACAGGUUAGCACAUUAAAUCUAUACCAUCCAUGGUGUAAUGAUGACAAGUAUGCUUGAAAAUUUGUUUUUGAAAUAUUGAAGAUUGGCACCAAGUGAACAAUUCUUUGGCUCACCAGUAACAGUGAAAUUUGAUGAUAUUUCCAUUUGUAAGUCAAAGUAAAUGUCAAUUUUUGAAGUGUGUAACCAUUGACACAACAAUCAGUUUUGUUCUGUGAUACAUUUGGGAAGACUUCCAGGCUGAAUAUCUGACAUUUGGUCUAUAUUUAUCUAUCUUUUACCAUUGUGAUAACAGGUAAUAAAUUAUAAACAAAUCA